GCGGAUGCCGGCGCGCGGGGGCGCGCAGGGUCGCGCAGGGUCGCGGGGGUCACCAAACAGCCUUGAUUUUCCGGAGCCCCGCGGCGCUGAGCCACACUCAUCUCCCGGGCGGCACCAUGAAGUCUCUAAAGAAGGAAUCCCGCCACAGAAUACCUACAAACAGAUUCUCGGAGGCCUCAGAGAGCCUGAAAGAAAAGAAGCGGGCAAAGGUCCCUGAACAGCCCACACCCCCCAUUCAGGAAGAACCUGAACCUGUUAGCAAUGUUUUACAAGGAGAUGACAUUCUUGCCUUAGCCAUUAAGACGGAAGACUUGAGGAAACAACACAUCCCUCGCCUAACUGAAACAGAAGAUAAACCUGUCAUUACCCAGAAAUUUAUCAUCCGUAAACUUAAACCCAAGGAUUGUAGGAGGAAGGUCUGCCACUUAGUAGCACAUCCUGCUACUCCAGAUGCAGCCACAAAGCCACUGGACUACUCUGGGCCGGGUGACAUCUUCCAUAGCAGUGACCAGAUCCUGCCCCACCACAUCUUGGGGAGUCUCCAGGACUUUAAGAGAAUUGCAGUCGCUCAAGGGAACACUCAGCUAGCUGAGCUGAUACACACUCCGCCCUGUCUGAUGACCUUCAUCUCAGCUGAGGAAGAGCUGAAGCAGGAAGCCCCCAAAGAAGAGAAGGCACAUCCUCCCUGGGCCCCACCUGUUCAGCACAACUUUCUGAAAAACUGGCAGCGCAACAUAGCCCUGCGGAGGAAGCAGCAGGAAGCCCUCAGCAAACGGCUGAAGAAGCCGGUUGGUGAGCUACUGAUGCACACGGGGGAGACCUACAGACAGAUCCAGGAGGAACGGGAGCUCAUUGACCGAACACUUUCAGUAGGGCCUGGUGGGAAGGGCAGUGGGUUCUGGAGUCGACUGGAAUACUUGGGAGAUGAAAUGACAGGUCUGGUAAUGACAAAGACAAAAACUCAGCGUGGCCUGGUGGAACCAAUCACUCACAUCAAGAAGCCACGCUCCAUCCAGGCGGAGAUGGGAUUGCUGGCCCAGAAGGAUGCUUGGUACCGCUACUCUUGGGAUCGGAGUCUGUUUCUGAUCUACCGACGCAAGGAGCUGCAGAGCAUCAUGGCAAAACUGGAUUUUAGCCAGCAGGCUAUUGAUGGCCUGGAGGUGGUGGGCAGAGGGCGGCCUUUCUCAGCUGUUACGGUGGAAGACUAUUCAGGGUUUGAAAGGAGCCAGGAAAGCUCCUCUGAAGACACAGUGAACUUAGACGUAAUGGCCAAUUACCCUGAUGUGGUCCCCAUGCCUGUUCUUGGCCCUUCUCUGCUGUUCUGUGGGAAGCCAGCUUGCUGGAUUCAAGGCAAUAACCCAGAGGACAAGAGGCAUGUUGGAAUUGCUGUCCGCUUGACCUUUGAAACUCUAGAAGGGGAGAAAACAUCUUCGGAACUGACCGUGGUCAAUAACGGCACAGUGGCCAUUUGGUACGACUGGCGGCGGCGGUCCCAGCUGGACUCUUUCCAGGACCUGAAGAGGAACAGGAUGCAGUGCUUUUACUUUAACAAUCGGGAAGGUGUGAUUCUGCCUGGAGAAACUAAAAACUUUACCUUCUUCUUCAAGUCUUUGAAUGCUGGGAUCUUCAGGGAAUGUUGGGAGUUUGGAACCCAUCCCACUCUGUUAGGAGGUGCUCUCCUGCAGGUCAAUCUCCAUGCAGUCUCCCUGACCCAGGACGUUUUUAGGGAUGAGAGGAAGUUCCUGGAGAACAAGCUGGCUUCCCACGAAGCAGUCACCAUUGUGGAGAACGUGCUACGGGAGCUGCUGAGGGGGGUCCUGACCCCGGAGCGUGCACACUCGCCUGUGGAUGCCUACCUCACUGAGGAGGACUUGUUCCACCAUAGGAAUCCUCGGCUGCAUUACCAGUACCAAGUGGUGCAAAGCUUGCACGGACUGUGGCGCCAGUACAUGACCCUGCCUGCCAAGGCCGAGGAGGCCAGGCCAGGCGGUGAGGAGCAGCUCGGCCCCAGGGCCCAGGCUGCCGUGGCCCAGCCAGCCUGCUGGGAGGAGGCCUCGGCAAACGUCGAGUCUUCUACGCCCCUUAAGAGCCCAGCGUUGGACUCCCAGCUGCCCCAGCAGGAGAAUGAGGCCCUCAGGGACUCCCGAGAUCCUGCUGUGUCCCAGAAGACCGGAACAGAGGCCAGGAGUUUGCAGCAGAAGAGCAUCAUGGAGGAGAUCCUGGUGGAGGGGAGCCCACAGCUGGAGAGCGCCAGGAGCCCCUGGGAGCUGGAUGGCCUUCCCCUACCCGAGUGGAACCUCUGCCUGGAGGACUUCCGAAAGGCAGUGAUGGCACUCCCUGAGGAGAACCAGAGAGAAGAUGCCCUAAUCAAGCUCAACAAAGCGGCCCUGGAGCUUUUCCAGGAGCAGAGGCCGUUGCAGUCCAACUUCCUAUACCAAAUGUGUUUGCAGCUGUGGCGAGAUGUGAUUGACAACCUGGUGAGCUACUCCCUGUGGCUGAGGGCUCUGCUGGACCUGCCUGAGAAGGAGACCGUCUACUUGGAUGUGCCAGAAGAGCCAGAUCGAAAAUCACCUCCUGUCACAGAAGUGAAGGUGACUUCUGGGAGAGUUGGGAAGGAGGACCGAAAAGGGGCAUCCCAGGAAAAGAAGCAGCAGUUGGGAAUCAAAGACAAAGAGGAUAAAAAAGGAGCCAAGCUGCCACUUGGGAAAGAGGACCGUUUAAACAGCAAGAAGCUCAAAGCAAAGGAUGACAAGAAACUGAUGAAAUCUUUAAGUCGGGACAGGCUUUUCUUGGAAGACCCUGCCCCCGACAGCGCCACCUCUUCUCAGGAGCCCAUAGAUCCCCUGGUCAUGGAGAAAUACACCCAGAGGCUGCACACUGAGGUUUAUGGGCUGCUGGAUGCCCUGGUGACCAACCUGCUGGCCCUGGCUGAUGAGCUUAGCCCCAUAAAGAAUGUCGAGGAGUCUUUGCAUCUCUGCACCUGAUUUGCAUACCCGAGCUUCCUUCUGGGAAACUGCUUAAUAAACAGAUCAAUAAAGAACCUUUAUGUUCCUACCA